AUGGCAGAAUCAACUACGAAUGAAGAAAAGAAUAUUGAUACCGAUGAAACCGUUAUAACUCAUUGUAUUUUUGAUAUGGAUGCCGAAAUUUUAGCAAGAUUUGGAAAAACUUACUCGUUGGAACUCAGAUCACGUUCAUUAGGUCUUCGCCAACAUGAGGUGGCAACGAGUUCGAGUCGAGAAAGUUUCAAUAUCAAAGCUUCUAAUAAUAGAGAACUAUUCGAUAUGUUUGAUAGUAUUACUUGUGGAGAUGAUGCGAAUGUCAAGAAUGGUAAACCUGCACCGGACUUAUUUCUUGCAGCAUGUGAAAAGAUGGGUAACCCCCCUACAAAUCAAUGUUUGGUAUUCGAGGAUUCAAUUAACGGAGUCAAAGCUGCAAAGAAUGCAAACAUGAAAGUUAUUUGGGUACCGGAUCCAAUGAUUGCAGAAUUUUUUCCGAGCAAAAAUGGCGCAGAUGAAAUGAUUUUUUCUUUAAGUGAUUUUGAGCCGGCCAAAUUUGGGUUACCUCCUUUUGUUGAUGAGCCACCGGCUCUUCGAGCAGCUGACCAGGAAGUUUUUGCACAUAUUACUGCAACACAUAGGUGGAAAGAUAUCAUAAAUAAAGCCAUUGACAAUAUUCGUGAUUCGCUUCAUUUUUCGGAAAUUGAUAAGAAUGAAGAAGGCAAAAAAAUUAUAGCCUCUAUGGAAGAAUUAAUAAAUCAAAUUCAAAGAAAAGAUCAAUUAAUGCCAGAUAUUACAUCAUGGAAUGAUGCCCUAAAUACUUAUUUCAAAGAUGAAAAUUGGUUUACAGCAACCUGGUUAUUCGCUGAAUGUUAUUUAUAUCGUCGAAUAGUUUCAAUAAUUACAAAUACAAAACAUUGGCGAAAUCAUGAUCCAUAUUUCCGUCAAAAAGAAGAUGCUUUUAGAGUAUCCUUUUCAUCAAUAAUCGAAUUUUCAAAACGUAUCGAUGAAUUAAUUUCUUCCCAAAAAUUAAAAAUAAAUGAUAGAAUAAUUUUUUAUGAACUUGCUCAAAUUUCACUUUGGGGAAAUGCAACUGAUUUAUCUAUGUUACCAAAUUUUGGUAUUAAUGAUAAUCAAUUACAAAAUAUUGAGUCAAAACAAUUGGAAGAGUCGAAAAAAUUCAUUUUGGUAAAUGAUUUGGAAAAAAC